AUGGGUACCGCGGCACUGACAGCAUACAGACACGCCCUGAGGGCAGCACGCGUGGCGUUCCAGGGCGACACGGCCGUGUUGCUCGCCGCUAGGAGCCAGAUGCGCUCAGGGAUGCUCGACCCACCGGACAAGACACUGUCCCCCGCGCAACAAGCGCAGUACAUGGAAGAUGUCGCGACGUACCUGAGACGCAACGUCGUCCAGGCGACGAGGGUGAACACCGCAGGGGGUCCCCCAGAGCAACACCACCAACCACGGUUCCACCUCAACAUCCACGGCGACACGGAACUGGGGGACAACGACUCCAUCCGCAACAAGACACAACUCAAGGCCAAGCACUGGCCCAAGAGGUAG